AUGUUUUCCAGAUCAUUGUUGAGAACCUCGGCUCUCGUAGCCAGAAGACAGGCCCCAUUUGUCACCAGAGCCUCCGUCUUUGCUGCCAUGCAGCCCGUGGGCACAAGAUCAUACCAUGCCAAAGUUAUAGACCAUUACGAGAACCCUAGAAACGUGGGUUCUUUGAACAAGAACGACGCCAACGUCGGUACCGGUUUGGUAGGUGCCCCAGCCUGUGGAGAUGUGAUGAGAUUGCAGAUCCAGGUCGAUCCCGAAACCGGAGUCAUCAGCGACGUCAAGUUCAAGACAUUUGGCUGUGGUUCCGCCAUUGCCUCGUCGUCAUAUGUCACUGAGUUGGUCAAGGGUAAGACAUUGGACGAAGCUCUCAAAAUCAAAAACACAGCCAUAGCCAAAGAGUUGUCGUUGCCUCCAGUCAAGUUGCAUUGUUCCAUGUUGGCUGAAGAUGCCAUCAAAUCUGCCGUCAAGGACUACAGAUCGAAGAGACAGGUUAAACAGCCAACGUUGGGUCCAGAAGCCACCGCAACUGCAGCUGCCGCAGCCUCUGUUUAG